GUCCUGGCGGCGUGUCGAAUCGAGGAUAGCCCGGUGUCGUCGAGACGAUCGCCAUGAAGAAGUGCUCAUUCCUUGUCCUUGUCUGCUGCCUGUUUGCGACUGGCUUCGCCAGGCCGCCAAUAUUCCUCGGUUAUCAGGACAGCCUGGGCCAGUACAGCUUCGGCUACAGCGCGCCGGGCUCGGCCAGAUCGGAGGUCAGGACGUCCAACGGCGCGACCAGAGGCACUUACAGCUAUGUCGACGGGACUGGCGUGAUCCAGACCGCGCAGUACGUCGCCGACGGCGAGAAUGGAUUCCGAGUGAUCGCCACGAAUCUGCCGCAGGCGCCGCUCCCGGUGCAGGACACGCCGGAAGUGAUGGCCGCGCGCACAGCGCAUCUUCAGGCUCUGGAGAUGGCGGCGAAGAGGGACGACGCGGAGGCGCAGAACUAUGAGGAAAAUCUGGAGAACGCGAAGCAAAGGAAGACCGAAGGGGACCAGGUGAACGUGAGUCCUGGGGCUAAGGAGCAACCGGAAGCCAAGUCCGCGGCAAGCGCGUCGAAGCAGGAGGAGAAGCAGAAAGCGUUGGACGACGCGCCGGGUGUCGAUCCGAAGAAGGACGAGAGUCUGCAAGCAGUCGCCUCCAGGAGCAGCGUUGAUCAGGAGAGCGAGAAGAUCUCGCAGGCCGCUCAUCAGGAAUCCAGUGGAAGGGCGUCACAGGAGGUCGUUGGCGGCGCAAACAUCCCGGCGAUUCCAUUAAUCUCCUCUCACGUGCUGUUACCUCAAGCAGCGAACCAACACGCGGUGCCGGUAUUUCGGAUCUCCCAUGGAAGCCACGAGAUCGAGCCUUCCGCCAUACCGGAGUCAUCGAUCGCGCAAGGCGUUUCUGGCGUGAUCACACCGGCGGGAACGGCCCUGAAGAGUGGAGCGAUUUCGACCAGGAAAGCGCCAGAGAAGGAGCAGAUUCCUUCAAAUCAGCAAGCAGACACUGUCAACACCCUGAUCGUGCCGCUGAACGCGAUUCCAUUGAGUUCUUCGUACUCGAGUUUCAUCAGAUACGUGUCGCCGGCGUCUCUUCACUACGUCACCUACAACAACCUGUGAACGCGGCAGCACUGAGAUCGCGAUCGGCCAAUUCCUACGAUUAAAGCGAGAAUCUCAGAAAUGAGGAGUCGUGAACGAUCCUCCGCUCUGAAUGUGCUCACUUGAAGCGUCUCGCGGCUUUUUCCAAAUAUAUGGCUCAUGUCACUUUGCCUGCGAGUGAUCGAUAUUUAGAGAUCAGAAGAGAUUAUCAUUGGUAUCCUGUUCAAGCGAAUGCAUCUCCAGAAAUAUGUAUUAUAUAUAUGUGUGUGUGUGUGUGUUCUCUACAUGCACGACGAGCAAAUAAAGAUUCUGGACAAGCUGAAAUAA